ACGAGGGAUUCUGCUGCAAAGGACACUGGGAUAUCAUCUGGACGACUGACGGGAAAACAACUAUGGCGAACAUGAUCGACUGUUCAGUGUAUUCUGUCUUGUUCCAUGAACAACCGACUCUGGCUCAUUCACGGGGUAGCUUAGUGUGUCAUGCACACCCACCCUCAGUGAAAUACUUGAACAGAUGGCAAUCAAGUAAUGAGUGAGCUUGCAUAAUGCGGCAACCAGCCCUGAAAAUAAAACUCUGCAGUGUGGGUGCCUGAAGCCUCCCCUGUGCAGCCAACAGACCAUCAGGCUCAUGGUGGGCUGUCUCCCCCUUUUUCCCCAUAAGGCCCCCCCAGUAUCUCAGGGGACUUGUGGCAGGACCCAUCUUGUCCCUACUGUAGCCCAUUUGUGGGUGAAAAGUCGGGGGUCACUGAGAACAGUCAAGUCCAAACAAAGACAAGCGGAUAAUCUCUCUGUGAAGAUGAGAUCGAUUUGUCUCCCCGUCUCAGGUGCAGCAAUCUCUUCGUGGCCUUGCUUCUCACUUGACAACUUGCCUUUUGGCUGCUGUCCAACGAGCAGCAAAGCAACAAGGUUCGCCUAUUUGUACUUCAACAGGAGAUCCCAUCCAGGACAUUGACAAGGCAAAGCUUCCCUUAUGGGAUAGCUAGAAUUAGGCGUCUGAAAAUCCACCCUCCCUGCAGCUUGCGCAAAUGUCCGGCGCUUCUUUUAAUGGGCGGUGAAGCAGGGACAGCUGUUCCAAUGGGUUGGUUGGGUGCUUGGAGGGGCUGUAGAAAAGGAAAGGGUGGAACAGCUGUGGUGGCAGCAAGACAAUCGUGUUGGUAGCCGGGGAGCCGGAGCCGGCGACAGUCACUCUGGAAUGCCGCUUGGACGCACGGAGGAGCCGCUCUUACGAGUGGCAGCCCAGGAAAGCUUGGCAAGAGCCCCAGGGGGCUCAGCUCAUACAGCAAUCCGUCAUGGGCACAACAGUCUUGGAGUAAGCCAUGGUUUGCCAGGGGGGCUUAUUACCCACCAGCAAGGCACUCUCUGGGGCAUGCAUGACACAACCCAUUGUGGGUAGUUAUCCAUGACGGGUUGUUGUGUUUUGUGAACCCAGUGAAUGACUUUAUUUUUAAAAAGGCAAGAUAAUCAGAGCAGGCUCUUUUUAAGCCACCAGAUUGGGUGGUUUGGGUAUUCCUGAUUUGGUGUCAUUAUGCUUUGUACCAUCUCAAACAGUUCAGGUCUUGAUCGGAGAACGGGAAAAUACACGGAUUGGGUUGGAGGAAAGCAGCAACAAAUCAAUGGCACUAAGAGGGUUACCAGUAAGACCAGCCGUUUGCCCAGGAUAGUGACCCAUUUCUGCUGUCAGCUGGGGGAACUUGGGAAAGACGGCGGAAGUUCCGUGCUUUUGUACCAUUCUUCCAUCAUCCACGGUCACUGAUUCGGAUAACUUAGAAGAUCUUCAGGCCUGGGAAUAUUAUGGGCUAUAUAGAUGGGCUUUUUUUGACAGUAAAGGCUCCAGUAGAACAGAAGCACUAAUUAGCUUUGACUUUAUCAUUGCACAAAGAAAACCAGACACAAAAGAGUUGUUGCAGAACUUACAAUAUGCGGCUUGAUAGCGGGUCCUCUGCGGGAAGCUGUAGGAAAAAGACUGUGACACACGUGUUGAAAAAAUCUAGCUGGGAUUCGAUCAUCUCUUAGAGCGAGUCAGAAUGUCUGGCCCCUGUGUGAAUCUGUCUCCAUCAAGAUAAAAGGGAAUUCUGUUAAAUUGCUGUUUUGGUGGUCCUUCAUCCCAGUGCAAGUAAGGAAUACCAGGGAGUAUUCCAAAAUACUGGAGAAGAUGUGAUGGAACUGCCACUCAUUUUCAUAUGGAGUGGCUUUGCUCCUUGGGCAGCCAGUUAAGGGAAAAUGUCUUUAGAAGGUCUGAAAGGAUUACUCCACAGAAGUCGACUCUCCCCUCAGUUCUUACUAGCCAUUUUUGAAGGGGAAAAAAAUCUAAAUCUCGCAUAUAAGGAAAUUCUUGUGCAGAUGACUACUAGAUAAUAGCAUUUUCAUGAAAAAGAACAAGCAGCAUCCAUUAGUGUAUGACAAAAUAAACCAUGGCAUAUUGCCUGAUGGAGAGGAUGAAACAGGCCAAGCCAGAGUGAUGGUUUUUAUACAGUUUGGACGUCCUGCAUUAAUUAUGCUAACUGAAAUAAAGGCAUUACUGAACCACCCUCAAUUUAGGAACAUGCUGCACAGCCCUGUUAGGAUUAAGGUUAUGGGGAAAAUGUCUUGAAAUACUUUCCUCUAGCUUCAUAUAUAUGCAAUUAUGACCGCCCUGUAUUGUAUGCUUGUGACAUAUGUCCUCUGGUUAUGGAUGUAAAUUGAAUAAAAACACAUAAAAGUCCAAACGAGUCGAUAGCUUUACCUUCACAUCCUCCACAUACUGCACAUAUGGGCAAAGGGCUCUUGAAUGAUUUCCACACUGCUGCCGCUCGGAGAACCUCUGCUGGGGACCCAUGGGAAUAGCCCCUGAAGUGGUGCUGGGGGCCCUGCCCCACUUUUUCAUCGGUUUCGUUUGUGGCUGAGCUGGCAGGUCGAGCCACAGCUGUAGCCCGGCUUCAGAGGAAAUCAGGGACUGAAUAGUGAAGAAGGAGAGUUGCCGGAUAUGGGGGGUUGCAUUGUAGCAAUUGCGGCUUCGGCCACAUCAUCGCGGUGUCAUACGCCGUCCUUUAAAAUGGAACAUUUCCAUGACUGGACGCACAUUCCUUUUCUGCCCUGCUUGGAGACUUGACAUAUGAAGUGCUAUUGUUCCCCCACGUUUUCCUGGAAAAUCUCUUUUAAGUGCAAGUUCAAAUUUAAUGCGGGUGCAUCUCUACACUACACAUGUUCCACGUGUGUAAACUGAAACUGGCCACUUGGCCAAGAAUCUGCCAAGUUUUAAGGGCUAGAAAUGCCAUCUAAUAUAUUUAGAUUUCUCACAAUUGAUUUCUUUGUUGAAAGAACUCAAAGCCAUCGACAGAUUGCUGUUUUCCAUCUUACAGUGUGCUGAAGAAUUUAUUAUUUUAGUUCAUCUAUUUUGAUGGGUCUUGAAGUUCUAAGAAUAUCCAUGUUUAAACACUGUCUUUUUCUGCUUAGGAUUGGACAUAUCCAAUGAGAAGAGAGAUGCAGGUAUGAAUAUUUCUUUUAUUGCAAGCAAGUUAUUAGAUACUUGGUGCUGCUAGAAGGGUUUAGCAAAAUCCCUUAAAAUUUCUCAGGGAUUAUAGAAUUAACAAUUGGUUCAGGAAGCAUCACUCUUCCAAGAGAAGUCUUGUAACAGCUUAUAACUGCAGAUCAGCCCCCCCCCCAAACCGCUCCCCAAAAAGCAAAACUGGAUUUCUGUAAAUUAUCAGUUUGUGUUUGUUUUUAGUUCCAGGCAUGAUCAGGUUGGCAAUAAAAGGAACCCUCCCAUCUUAGAGCAGUGGCUGCUCUGGAACUUGUGGAAAAUAGCCUUUCAACUAGGCCUUGUCCCAUAUUACCAUCCAAAGAGGGGUUCUCCCUGUAGGCCGUUAGGGCCCAUUACCUUCCCUUGCCUCCCCCUUUCUGGGCCUUAGGAACAUUUCUUAGUCACAUCAUUUCUUAAGAAAGUCCCUGCUUCCAUGUCUGAUAUCCUUGCUCCUGCCCAGCUAGCGCUUCUCUGACAAUGUUCAGCACUCUCUUCCCUUUUUAUGGGUUCUGAGAACCUGUUUACCUGUUCCCUGCAGGUGCAGGUGCUUCUUUGUCCUCUAGGCUAUUCAGUCCGCUUGUGUGCCGUAGAGAAAGCUGACUACACAGUUGGUGUAUGUUUUGCAAAUAUUUAGAAUAGCAAGAGCUUCAGGAAGUUAGAAAAUGCUGGUUAUGUACUGUGGAGGGAAAAAGCACAGAACUGGUGAAUACAUAAGCAAAAUUAAAAUAAAAUGUUUACCUUUACUAAAGUAUCUCAGCUUUUUUCAACAGGAUACUGUAGCUUGUUUACAAUUUCUAUUAUAUUGUAAAGUUUUCCCCCAAUUAAUGCAUUGUUUUAGAACUUGAUUUAGCCAAAGAAACUAGCCAUGUGUAUCUCAUAAUCAGUUUCCAUUCGGAAGUCUAGAUUCUCAGAUCUGCUGUGGGGAAGUUGAAUCCCCUCUGCCCAGUCCCAGCACAAGCAAAGAAGGAUGCAGGAAGACCUGUGCCUAUAGGUUUUUUCCUCCUUGAAAGAGGCAUCUUUGCCUCCUUUUACCAGAAAAAAAUAAUUCAAAAACGUAUACACAGAAAUAAGUGACAAUAAUUUCAUUACUGUUUGCCUGUGCAAAUUGUCAGAAUGUAGCCUCAAUUAAAAUUGUUAAGUUAUUUUUCUGAGUAAUGAGCAGGAAUGAUCUCAUGAAGAAGAGCAUAAAGUUGCUAGUCUUUGACAGCAACAUGACUGGCUGCAAUUUAUCAGGAAAAGUGUUUCCUAGCAGGAAAUGUCGAGAAAAAAAUAUUUGGCCUGUCACAUUUCCAUCUGUGAUGCAGCAGGGAGCUCUGCUGGAAAAGUUCUCGUGCAGAGGGUACUUUGGAGAAAUGGUUCGCUAAAACAACUUGUGGCUAGAAUAAGCAAGUAAUAGAAGGAAAACCUCUUUGGGCAGCAGACACCACAGAAUCUUGAUUCCCAGCUGCCCAUUCCAUAGAGGAGGAGAGGAGGUAUGGAGAUGAAGAGAAGGGGUGGGGUUCUGAGUUUGGGGUACACAUGCAAUGAAGAAAUGAGCUGAAGAUGCACAGAGUCACUUUCUGCCUGGAGCAGCGGUCCUGCCAGGGAGAAGGCUCGUUUACCUUGCUCUUGCUGCCCUUGGGCUUUUGGAGGCUUUGGGUUGCUUUUGAGGAUCAUGGCUCUAGAAGCAGUGCCAUAUAGAAUUACCUGGGGUGAGGGGGGGCUGAGUGGAUGUGGCUCCCUUGCCUGCAGCGAGCAGCCCCUGCUGUCAAGGCAUCUCUCUCCACCCCUCUGUUCUCUCCAGCUUGUCUCCUUUCCAUGGCUGCAGGGCACUAGGCACCUACAGCCAAAUGAGGAAGGUCCUUUCCCAUAAACCACGGAGACCUUGGCCCGAGUUCUCUUAGGCAAGGCCAAGGAGUCUGGCAGUGGUUCUCGCUCUGCUGCGGCACUUGGCCGGCCUGGAGUGGUGGCAUUUUAUUUCCCUGAGUUACCACCUGUGCUUUGCUGUGAAACCUUGCGUCGUAGCCCUGGCAUUAGCAGUCCAGGAAGAUGAGCCUGGGUCCGAGAUAUUAAUCCCCUUUCAAAUUUGUAUUUCCUGAGAUUGCACAUAGACGGCCAGACUGUGCUGACAAAAUAGAACUCUGCCACUGAUUUCCGUAUUGAGGAAAUUUUACCUGGGUUGUUCUUGGGCCCGUAUUCUUCAGCUAUGAAAAGCAAGCUACCUAUACUUCAGAAACAUGGAAUCACCCAUGUAAUAUGCAUACGGCAAAAUAUUGAAGCAAACUUUAUUAAACCAAACUUCCAGCAAUUAUUUAGGUAUUUAGUCUUGGAUAUUGCAGAUAAUCCCAUUGAAAAUAUAAUAAGAUUUUUCCCGAUGACUAAGGAGUUUAUUGAUGGGAGUUUACAAACUGGAGGAAAAGUUCUUGUCCACGGGAACGCAGGGAUUUCUAGAAGUGCUGCCUUAGUGAUUGCGUACAUCAUGGAGACAUUUGGAGUGAAAUACAGGGAUGCAUUUACAUAUGUACAAGAAAGAAGGUUUUGUAUUAAUCCCAAUGCUGGAUUUGUUCAUCAACUUCAGGAAUACGAAGCCAUCUAUCUAGCAAAGCUAACUAUUCAGAUGAUGUCACCUCGGCAGCUAGAGCGAUCACUGUCUGUUACUGCAGGAAGUCUGAAGCGAACUCAUGAAGAGGAUGAAGAAAUAGGCAACUUGCCAGCAGCCGCUCAGAAUGGUUGACACUGAGAGCAUCUUGGACUUGCUACUCAUGGCAGCUGCUAAUCUCAGCAAGAUGAACAACCAGAUCUAAUUUUUAAAAAUGGGAGACGAAUCCAACUUUCUUAUGCAAACCUGUCCUCCAGUAGUACACCAGGCAACAUUUUUAAGGUAUUGGAUUCCUUGACUGACUAGAUGGCACUGAUUGUUUUACUCCUCCUUUUUUUUUUUUUUUACACUUUAUAGUUUUACCCUAAACCAAGACUUUGGACUUGCAAAGAGGUAUUAUUGCAAUAAUGCACUUUUCAUACUUGAAAUUUAUUUGUAUUGAUAAAGUUAUUACUUAAGCAAAACAUGAGUUUGGGGGGAUGAUUUGUUUAUAAAGUUUUGUGUAAUUUAUAACAAGAGUCUUUAGUAAAAAAAAAAAAAAAAAACAAAAGGAAAAAAAGAAACAAUUGCAUAAAACUCACUGUGGAUUGUAUUUGUUUCAUUUUCUGAGUUUAGGCUUCAAGCAGAAGAAAACGAGUUUUAGCAAAUAUCAGAAUUUUUCGCUGUGACGAAGAAGUGAAAACACUCAGUUCAAGUCUCACUGAAAUGGUAAUCAUAAUUAAAAACGUAGAGGUCUGGAGAAUUUUCUUCCAGGUCCUCACAUCUUUAAUCAUAACAGAAAACAGAAGGCCAAAAGCCCAUUUUAAGACUUAAAUUUCAUCCUUCCUUCAACUUCUCCCUCUCCCCCUUCCCUCCCCCAAUACCGAAAUCUUUGGACCUGAAAUUUCAGGCAAUAGCUAUGUUGAUUUUUAAAAGUCCCCACUAUUGCUUCCCCUAAUUUUUCUGUGCACUUGCACGCCCAAAUAGAGUGGGGUUGAGAUUCUUGGAGUGGGACCAGCUGCCACAACAGGAAAACCAGUAACAAGAUCCCAGCGUCCCUCCUCUUAAUGACCACAGUUUGAAGCAUUGAUUCUGGCCAGUGAGCCAGAGGCAGGACAGUCGGGUGCAGAGUUAUGCGUUGCUUCUACUGACGUAUGAACCUAAUAAAAACAGAAUCCGAAAAUGUUGCAGA